AUGCUUUCCUUGGCAUUUCUUGUAUACGCCACUGGCACUCUUGCGGCUGCUAGCGUACAGUAUAUACAAUCGCAAGACUUCCGAAUUGGGGUUGAUCCUGAUACCGGGGCUGUGCUUUCCAUCGUGAACCCAAGCGAUAAUGCCUCCAUGAGUUGGAUCAGUGGACCAGACAACGCACCUUGGCAGCCUCUCGGUAGCAGAUGGGGACUAGGCUAUGCAGAUCUAGGUGAUCUCAACCGCGCAUUUUGGAACAAGCCUGACCUCACGCUCGGAGAUGACCACAUGACUGCAUCCUACGCAAUGGACAAGCUAAAUGUUAGCGUUACCAGAUGGAUAGACACAUCUUCCAAGAGCUUCCAGGAAUGCUAUUCGUUUCUUAACACUGGUGACGAUGCGCUGAAUCUUAGUGAUGUUGGGUCUGAGUCGCUGGGAAUUUACCUCCCUUUCAAUGAUCAUUAUACCUCCACAGAAGAUGUUCUGGAGCACCGGGCUCACGCCCACAUCUGGGCCUCUGGUGAGAGCUCGUCAUGGGUCAAGCUGACACGAAUGGGUCUGCGAGGACCUCAUCUUGGCCUUGUUCUCACGGAAGGGGCAUUGUCAGGUUAUAGUGUGGAGUCGCGGAAUACGGUGACAUUAUCUAACACUCGAGGCUUCUUUCUUAUACAUCCUAAGGUGCCGAGUCUCCAGAGUAAGGAGACAAGUCAGAUCUGUUGGACCAUGUUCUGGCAUGAUGAUUGGCAAGACUUUUUUGAGCAGAGUCUCAAACGAUCAGAUCAUUUUAUCCAUAUCGAAGCAUCACCUUGGACGGCGGUUGAAGGUGACACUGUCAAUUUGACAGUAUUUGGGCGACCUGGAGACAGUAUCUCCUUCAAUGGAGUUGAUCUCCCACUUCAUAGGGAAACGGGCUUGUAUUCAACCUCGGUACAAGCAGACAAGGCCGGCGAGAGGCAAUUAACGUUUACCCUGAGGAAGGGUGACCGUGAAAACAAUGCUACUGUCGUCCUAAAUACCGUGCAGGACAUUGAUCAGAUUAUUGCCAACCGCGUUAAGUUUAUUACCACGAAACAACAGCUAAACGCAUCCUUCCCCGACAGGUCAAAGGCAGGCGCAUAUGCGGUCUAUGAUAACCAGAUGGAAGGCAUAGCAAGUUUUGAGACUGCAUCCGAUAGGAAUACAGGUCGAGAACGCGUCGGGAUGGGCGUAUUAGUAGCCCGAUGGCUCCUAAACCAUUCUGACGUAGACGUUGAGAAGUCUCUUCGGAUUUAUUAUAACUAUGUCAACAACAAGCUCCAAGAUCCAUCAGGCUACGUUUAUGACUGGCCGAUUGGGUCUAAAACAGCAUCUCUCCGUUUGUAUGACUGGCCAUGGGUGAUGCAACUUCAUCUUGCUAUGGCGAAGCUGGGAAACGAGGCUGUAACAAGUCAUGGGAAUUAUACUGCUACACCGGUGGAGCGUUUAAUGUCUACCAUGGAACGCUUUUACACGGAAGGAGGGGAGACUCAUUAUUCCAUUGGUUUGCCUAUCUUCGAAAGUCUCACCUUUCUAAAGGCAUACGGAUAUAGGGAUGCAUAUCAGCGCGCGCUACAACUGUUUACGGCCCAUGGCAAACAAAUCGCCAAGAUUGGACAAAACUAUCCCUCGUCAGAAGUGAACUAUGAGCAAUCGAUAGUUGCCCCUGCUGCUAUUAUCUUACUAGAGUUGUACCGAUCCACCGGAGCCAAGUCCUGGCUGGAGGCCGCUCAUGCUCAUUUUGAUCGUCUCGAAGCAUUCGGAGGCCGACAGCCGGAUUAUCAUCUUCACGAUAUUGCAAUUCGCCACUGGGAUGGAUAUUGGUUCGGAAAGGAUCGGAUGUGGGGUGACACGUUUCCUCACUACUGGAGUACUCUGACCGGUAUCGCAAUGCAUCAUUAUGCAAAUGCUACUGAAAACAAGACGUAUAAGACCCGUGCUGAGGGUAUUCUACGAGCAAACCUCGCUCUCUUCACAGAGGAGGGACGAGGUCAUUGUGCUUUUAUCUAUCCCACUACUGUUGACGGACGUAAAGGUCACUAUCUAGACCCGUACGCCAAUGACCAGGAAUGGGCGCUGGCUCACAUUUUGCAGGUGAGAGAAAAUCACUAG